AUGACAAUUUACUCUCUUUGGAUCUUUGAUAGACAUUGUAAUUGCAUAUUUGACAGAGAAUGGACGUUGAAGUCUAAUCAGGCCAGUGGAACUACCAAUUCUAAGCAAAACGAAGAUACUGCAAAACUCAUUUAUGGUAUGGUAUUUUCUUUACGUUCCAUAGCACAAAAGCUCUCUCGAAAUGAGUCGCGAAAUGAAAUUAGAACAAUCGCAACAGGUAAGUACCGUGCUCACAUCCUUUGCACAGCGACAGGCCUUUGGUUCGUUAUUCUAAGUGAUUUGAAGCAGGAAGAUUUGUCGCAUGUUCUUCGAUACAUUUACAGCGAGAUAUAUGUGAAUUACGUCGCAAAUAACUGGCUUGGUCCCAUAGACUUUGCAGAAACAGAACAAGAAAAAAGAGGGCAAGGUACCAGGAAGAUCACUAAUAGAAAUUUUGUACGUGGCAUAGAGCAGUUUUUGAGCCCGAUGGUAACAAGGUGA